GGCAGUUUAUCGUUCAUUCGAUUUUGUUAUAUCAUCCGUGUUCGUCAGAAUAUAAUAGAAAAUUGUCGAGACAACAUUUAUUGAUAGCCAAGACGCCACAUGAUAUUAGCAUUUAUCGAUAUGAUGAUGAAACAAAAUAUUUUACGCACGGUAGAUAACUAUAUUUUAUAAUUGUUACGCUGAUAUUAAGCAAUUGACUCUUGAAGUGUAUUCAAAAUAAAGGAAAUUAUGAAGCCGAACAGGAAAAGGUAUAAUAUGAGAAGAUCUUUUUCUACACAAAGUAGACGCCAGAACCGACAAAGUUGUCAAACGCAGAGCUAUCAGCAACGAAAUUACCCAUAUAAUUCUAUCACGCCGCAUAAUUCUGCACCUAGAGUAAUGCCUUAUGCACGUCAAAUUGCUAACAGUUUUUAUAAUAAUGACAUUGCUUGGCAGUUCCAACCGCCUGUACAUUUAUCAGCAUCUUCAUUUGGACAACAAUCGGCAUACCAUUUUGCUCAGCAAAACAAUAGUUCCCAUAUAAAUACUGCCUCAUUACAUCAAAAUGUAGUUAGUAGUACAACACAGUUUUCAGUUCCACCACCUCCGUUUCAAUUUAAUAUUCCGACAAAUUACCAGCAAGUUUCUAACAUUAAUCGCAGUCAAACAAAUACGCAAGUUAAUUCUAUAAAAAGAAAAUGGAUUAGAGAGGACGCUGUACGAGCACUUAAUUUUGAAGAGGAGCUCUGUAAACGAAAUACAUCUGCCCCAUAUUUAAUCAUUCGCUUUCCGGACCCACCACUGGAUUCUGAAAUAGUAAAAGGUUUUUCGGGUCAAAUUGAUGCAGUUCAUUUUCAAAAAAAUUCCGCACCACGGUUUUGUUUCGUUCGAUUGAAAGAAAAUGCCGACGCAGGAAAAGUGAUUGAAGACAUAUCAAAAAUCCCGUUUGGACAGGGUCAUUUAUAUGCAGAGUUACGUUUUGAUCCAUCCAAACCACCAACAGCUACGAAACCAGAGCAGGUUGAUCCAUAUACAUUAUAUGUUGGAAAUUUGUCUUUAUCGGUAUCAGUGGAAACAAUAAAACGACAAUUUCCAGGUGCACAAAGAUAUGAUCUUGCCUUUAAAUCAAAAAUUAAACCUAUUAGGUAUGCUUUUAUUCGUUUUGAAAGUGUAGACAAAUCAAUGGAAGCUUUUAAGCAUGGUAUGAACUUGCAAAUCGAUGGGCGCUCUCUUGUUUUACGUUUCCGUAGAGCGAAAUUCAAUUACUCUGCUGAAAACGUAUCUUUAGAAAAAGGCCAAGCAAGUAAUAAAAGUCCACCAAUAGUUGCUGAUCUAACAGAUAAAAAUGAUUGCAUGAUGACAAAUAAUCGAAAAGAAGUACAAUCAAAUUUGCCAAGUGAUGGUAAAGCUUUAGUGAAAGAUGAAUCCAUGGAAGAAUGUAUAAAGGAAGAACAAUAUGAUUCUGAGUACAGUUAUGAAGACGAAUGUUCAAAUACGUUUUGUGGGUAUGGUUGUGAUUUAGAAUUUUCCGGCAUUAAACCGGAAAUAAAUGAUUAUGACCAAACACACAAUUCAAAUUGCACUUCAUCACACCAAUACAUUUCAAAUGAAGGAUAUGAGGACGUAGAGCUUGAACAAAGAAUCACUCAUGGUGCCCUGAGUGAUUCUGCCCAUAGAACAAGUGAGGUAUCUAGUACUAUGAGAUCACAGAACCUUGAUAAAAUCGUAGACCUUGUGAAAAUGCAGGUCAUUAAUACGACAAUUAAUGCCGUUGAACCUGAAAGGUCUAUGUCGUCCAUUGUUUCGAUUUCAGAAAAAAAAUAUAUUGAAAAUUUGUAUGAACAAUUAAACACUUCUAAAGUACUCAAAAAAGAAGUACGAAGUGAUUUUGAUGACCUAGAUGCAAUGCUUAAAGAAAUAGAUUAAUCAUACAAAUGAACGAUAAAUACAUCCUUCACUAACUUUUAUAAAAAAAGAUGUAAAUAA